AUGAUUGCAAAAUUUUGUAUUCCUUCAACACACCAGAUCGUUACCCUACUAGCAAAACCUCAAGGGUGGAGCACCCAAUUUGCUAAUUUCUCCAGAAUCUCAAGGUUUCUAGGACUUGGAAAUUUUUGUGUACAAACCAAGGAAAUGCACACUAAUAGAGGAUCCUUUGUGUUAACACAAAUCUCAGAGCUAACAGAGGCAGUGGGGAAGGUGGAAAUGCUCAGGAAACUCUUCAGAUCAGCUUAUGAUCUUAAAUGUCUCAGAAGUGAGCCUUACAAUCGGAGUUUAGAGGAAAUGUGA